GGCCAUGCGGCUGACGCGGGCGGCCGUGCUGGCGCGGGCCAAGGCCGCCGCGCUCGAUGGCGUCCGCCGCCUCAACUGCUGGGGCAGCCACCUGACAGAUAUAUCGAUAUGCCGGGAUUUGCCCAACAUCGAGGUGAUCACAUUCAGCGUGAACGGCAUCUCAGACCUCGAGCCGCUGAACCAGUGCCAGAAUCUGAGUGAACUCUACCUGAGGAAGAACAACAUUAUGAGCCUCAAUGAGCUCUUCUACCUCAAAAACCUGCCCCGGCUGAGGGUCCUGUGGCUGUCUGAGAACCCCUGCUGUGGGUCGGACCCCCACCGCUACCGGAUGACGGUGCUGCGCAACCUCCCCAGCCUGCAGAAGCUGGAUAACCAAGCAGUGACAGAGGAAGAACUGACGCAGGCCCUGGUUGAUGGCGAGGAGAUCACGGCCCCACCAGCGAGGAGGAACGUGGAGAGUGGCUGCUCUGAGUCCACUGCAUCCAGUGCUGCUGAACCCACAACAGAGACCGAGAGAGAACUGCUCAACUUCAGCCUGGAGGAGACAAACAAAAUUCGAGAGGAGCUUGGUAUGAAGCCUGUUCCCAGGGACAAGUUUUCCUCCUUUUCACCUCGAGAGACAGACUGCAACCGAAAGAAGAGGAACAACGUCCUGAAUGCCAUCCUGCUGCUCACCAAGGAGCUGGAUGCCGAGGCCCUGGAGGUGUUGCAGCAGACAGUGGGGCGGAGGCUGCAGGCCUGUCGGAAGAAGGAGCUGCAGGAGGAGUGAAGGAGCCCGUUCAGCACCUCCCAGGAGCAGCAGCUGGCCCUGCAGUGCCCUUCUGCCCACACACACACUCCUGGCUGCAGCCAGAGCCCCAGCCUUGCCCGCUGUGCCUGGGAGGGGUGCUGCUGCCUGGCCGCACAGCCCCUGCCAUCCUUCCUGGCUGCAGCCCCUCACCCAGCAGGCUCUGUUAUCAUUUGUACCUUAUCACUGGAGCUGUUUGAUGGGAGCUGCAGGAGAAUGAGCAAAGCAAAGCCCAGCAGUGCUGCAGGCUGAUCGAAGGGGAGGGCAGGGCCUGCCGACAGCCAGAGAGCUCCCUGCGUGUCGGUGGCUCCCUGCCAGACCAACCCCUGGGCAGCCUCUGUGUGCGUGUGUGUGUGUGUGCAGCAGACUCUGAAGGCUGUUUCCACCACAAAGGUUUGUUUUUGUGAAGUCUGUUGGGGACACGCUGCCUGAAACCAUCACCCAGAACCGUCUGGUGCAGCUGGUGAAGGUCAAUCAAUCUCAAACUGAUCUUCAGCUCCUGACUUCCUCCGGCCCUCUCAGCGUGUGCAGUGGCUGACUCGGCGGUCAGGCGGCCCAGAGCAAAGCUGGGGGCAACCCAGGUGAAACAGAAAUGACUGUGUGGCCCAGCUCCUGGCUGCUCAGCUGUACUCUCACCCCCAGGUGCCCCUGCAGGCAUUAGUGCAGCUUAAGGAAAGCAGCGUCAGGCGGAGCACAAGGCAGCAAGGAAGGAGCGAACAAGCCCAGCGUUCCUGCCGGCUUUGCACACGGGUCUGACUGCCCCAGCUGCCGUCACCGAGCCCGAGACACCCUUCAGUGCAAACUAAAAGGCUGUGACACACCAAAUAAACCCAGUGCUCCCUCUGAGACGUGCAAGUCGCAGCCAGGCUUUGGCAGACAGGCUGAGAGCAACUGACUGGGGGCUUUGCCACGUGAGGCCUGGCUCACAGCCCCCACUUCCCCAGGCCCCUGAGGUGCAGGGAGCCACUGCAAGGGUUUUCACUGGCACCCAGAUACUUGGGAACCUUCUUGCAGACACACAGGUGAGCAAAGCCAGCUUCCUCGAGCAGAGGGGCAGGCUGAUGGGUCGAGCCCUCUGUGCCCUUCCCCUUGUCCCCUCCCUGGGAAGGACCAUCCCUGCUCAGCCUGCUGACACACCUCGGUGGGAGGGGGCAGUUUGACCCCCAAUGCUUGGGGGAAGAUUUUGUGCUGAUGCCUUUUAACUCCUCA